AUGAAAAAAGGAAAAAAAAAACAAAAAAAAAAAAAAAAAAAAACUCAAUCAGAUUUAUCUAUCGCAAUUGAUAGAGAUGGAAAUAAAGAUUACAUGUACUAUAAAAUAAAAAUAAUAUAUUUGUUUUAUUCUUUAAACAAAUAA